GGGACAGAGUGCACACAUUGCAGCUGUCGCACGCACGGACACCAAGGCAAAUGAGGCACUGCAAGACAGUGUACAGGAAGACCAGAGUAAGAGCUGCCAUGCUGAGACGAGGCAGAAGCAGCAGAGCUCGACAUUUGGCCUGGAGUGACACUCGGCAGGAGACAGAUGUCAUGGCUGACAGCGACGAGCAGGAGAGCCAAACAGCCAUACAGAUCAGUGAUUUGGAUUCAGAAGUGGAUUACUCGGACAGACCGGCGAGCGUCUCAGAGGUGGUGCCUCUGCCCAGCUCGCCACCAGUGACAGGGGAGUCCUUCUGCCUCUGUGAGCCGCAGGACGAGGCCGGCCAAGGUUUCGGGGUUCCCAGCGACUGUGUGUGUGGGGAGGAGGACCAGGGGUUUCACUGGGUGUGGGAUGAGGGCUGUAAGUCAUCCGGAGCUUACCUCAGCUGUGACAGCAGGAAGGUGAGCUUUCACUCGGACUACAGCUGCGGCACGGCGGCCAUCCGCGGCACCAAGGAGCUGUCAGAUGGUCAGCACUACUGGGAGGUGAAGAUGACCUCUCCGGUCUAUGGAACGGACAUGAUGGUGGGGAUUGGAACCUCUGAGGUGAACCUGGAGAUGUUCAAAUACAGCUUUGGCAGUCUGCUCGGUCACGAUGAAGACAGUUGGGGCCUUUCCUACACGGGUCUGCUCCAACACAAAGGAGACAAAGUGAAGUUCUCUUCUCGGUUCAGUCAGGGCUCAAUCAUAGGAGUGCACCUGGACACGUGGCACGGCACCCUGACUUUCUACAAGAAUCGGCACUGCAUAGGUGUCGCUGCCACCAGGCUGCAGAACAAGAAGUUCUACCCCAUGGUGUGCUCCACCGCAGCGAAGAGCAGCAUGAAGGUGAUCCGUGCCUGCUACACACCCACCUCCCUGCAGUACCUUUGCUGUGCUCGGCUGCGCCAAACGUUGCCCCACUGUCCAGAUGUAGUUACCGCCCUGCAGCUGCCCCCGGGCCUGCGCCUCCUCCUCCACAACCAUCUGGGCUGGAUCUUCACCCUCAGCAGCGGCUCCGACUCUUCAGAGGAGGAGGCGUAUUUCUCCGACUCCUGCCAGCAGGAUGUCGACGAGCAGACCGGCGUGCCUUCCAGCCCCGUCUCCACCCUGAGUGCCUGCACCUCCCUCAGCCCCGACACCGCCCCGUACGACCGCCCCUGCCCCACGUCUCAUCAGACUCACUCUGCGGCUUGCCACUGUCCUCCAACUCCGCCGAGCAGCGACUACGACAGCUGCUGCUCCGAGCCCGAGGACUAUCAGUGCAAGAGAUGUCGCUGGACAUGACGAGGUGGUUCCAGGUCCGGUCCAAAGCUUUUCUACCACCGCCAUCCAUGUUCACU